UGAAGUUAUAGGUAGUAGGGAAUCUAAAAAUUGUGUUGUUCGGAUAUGUUCUUUAUAAUUGGGUUAGGACUUGGAGAGGCUGAAGACAUCACAGUCAAAGGACUAGAAAUUGUAAAGAAAGCUGAAAGAGUUUACUUGGAAGUUUAUACAUCUAUUUUAACAGUCGGUAAAGAGGCUUUGGAACAGUUUUAUGGUCGGAACCUGAUCAUAGCAGACCGUGAUCUUGUUGAACAAGGAGCACAUGAAAUUCUUCAAGAUGCAAAUUCAAAAGACAUAGCAUUGCUGGUUGUAGGAGAUCCAUUUGGUGCAACUACACACACAGACCUGGUUCUCCGUGCCAGAGAAGCAGGUAUCACUUGCAAGAUAAUUCACAAUGCAUCAAUACUAAAUGCUGUGGGAUGUUGUGGGCUUCAGCUUUACAGUUUUGGAGAAACAGUGUCUAUCCCAUAUUGGUCUGAAUCAUGGCAACCAGACAGUUUCUAUGAUAAAAUUGCUGGAAACAGAAGGCGUGGUUUGCACACACUGUGCCUCCUAGAUAUCCGUGUAAAGGAGCCAACAUUAGAAAGUCUAACAAAGAAGAGAAAGGAAUACCAACCGCCUCGCUUUAUGUCUGUCAGUGAAGCAGCUGGUCAGCUGUUAGAAAUCAUCAGCAGAAGACAUCGAGAUCACAAGGAAUUCGCAUACACAGGUACCACUCUGUGUGUUGGGGUGGCACGCGUUGGUUCUGACACACAACAGAUACUGGCCUGCACACUGCAAGAGAUGAAGGAUGCUGAUCUGGGCCCACCACUCCACUCCCUUAUAAUAGCAGGACACCUGCAUCCUCUUGAAGUGGAGUACCUGACACAGUUUUCAGAGAGCAAGGAGAAGCUUCUUCAGAUUGCGAAGACUUCAUGAUGUUAUUAUUAUUAUUGUAGUGGUAUAUAGCUGUCUUCUGGGUUGUAGCGCCAUGUAAUCUGGUAGAAGUUCACCAACAUUUCAGAGGUCUUUGUUGUUUCUGAAAUGUUCUACCAGUGUACAUUGUGCUACAACCCAGAAGAUGGCCUUCAUUGGAUGCACCGCUAUGAGAUCCUCAAAUGUUUUAAUGGCUGGCAAUUCUAAUAUGUAUGUGUGUACAAUAAAGGAUGUCUUCUUUAUUAUGGGAUA